UGCAAGCCGUUCCUGUACGUGAGCCUCGGGCAGAUGACGGCACGGCUGCAGUGUGCGCCCUCACCGUGACACCGUGACACCGUGACUUCCGCUUCCGGUGGAUGACGUCUGUCUGGUCAAGGGUCGACGAGGCAUUCUAGACGCGUCAUGGAUACGCAGGGGAGCCCCGGGGACGUCUGCAAGUUGGAGUUUGCAGUCCAGAUGACGUGUGAAAAGUGUGUGCAUGCCGUAAAUAGCUCCUUACAAGGUGUAAAAGGUAUACAGAAUGUAAAUGUCAGUCUGGAGUCUGAAGCCGUUGUAGUGGAGACAACAUUGCCAGCGUCGGAGGUGCAGAAGCUGCUGGAGAGCACAGGACGGAGGGCAGUGCUAAAGGGAAUGGGAAGCAUUAGAUCCCAGAACCUAGGAGCAGCAGUCGCCAUGUUGGCAGGAGCUGGAUCGUUGCAGGGUGUUGUUCAUUUUCUUCAGACUUCAGAAAACGCCUGCAUUAUUGAUGGAACUGUGGAUGGCCUGAGUCCUGGACUCCAUGGGAUUCAUAUUCAUGAAUUUGGUGAUCUCUCAAUGGGAUGUGAGAGAUGUGGUGGACACUACAAUCCUGAAGGAAGUACACACAGGAGUCCAGAACAACCAGAUAGUCAUAUUGGUGACCUAGGAAAUAUUUUGGCUAGUGAUGAUGGCCGAGCAACAUUUAGGAUUAAUAGUAAUCGGGUAAAGGUAUGGAACAUCAUAGGUCGAUCUUUAGUUGUGGAUGAAGAAGAAGAUGACCUUGGAUGUGGAACUCACCAUUUAUCUAAAGUUACAGGCAACUCGGGCAAAGGGUUGGCUUGUGGAAUCAUUGCCCGCUCUGCAGGACUUUUUGAGAACCCAAAACAAAUAUGUUCUUGUGAUGGCAUAACCAUAUGGGAAGAAAGAGACUGUCCUAUUGCUGGCCCAGAACGGAAAAAAGGGCACGCUGCCAGUGCACACUUAUAAUCCACCAGCACAGUCUAAGUGGAAUAGUGUAAUCAAUAUCAAUCCCUGGACUCCUUCUACAAAGCUGGAUCUAGCAUAUAUGCUAGACAAUAUGUGAAUGCUUCCACCAUCUUAUUUAGCACUUGGUGAUAUCUGUGCCUUAGAAGCGUGCAACAUUCUUGUUGGACUAGAGGGGUGAAGAGUCAUUUCAGUUUGCUUUAAAAAUGCUGCUAGAUAAAUUGGACCAGUUGAAUGAUCUGCAAAUGUAAUGCAUUUUUGACUAUAUAAUUGUACUGAAUAUGAUUUAUUUCCUAGUCAGCAGUUGCAAGGAGUUGACAAAUUAUUAUUAUUAUUUUUAUUUGUAAACCAAAGAUUCAUACUGAUUUGCAACUGAUUCAGUUACUGCUACAGAUGAACCUUAUCUUGUAACCUUGGAGAUUAUUACAGACACAAUAAACAUUUUUGGAUUAGUUCACAUGGUGGAUUUUGUCCAUGGAUUUCAGCAGAAGCUGCCUCGGCGGUCCAUGUUACCGUUAAUGCAGCCACAGAUUACUUACAUGUGGCUUUUCAGGCCAUAUCUUGGCAUGGUUUCUUUGUGGACAUCACUGGAAACCGCAGCAGGCGUUUGUUUACAGAUUCACUCCAUUGAAUGGGGCUAAAACCAAGGGGCAGAUGGAAAAGAGGGUUUCUGCCAUGGAAUACGCAGAAGAUUGACAUUGGCAAAAUCCGCCAGGUGAAACUAGGCUUGCAUCGUGAUUUUAUUUUAUUUUAUUAUUAUUAAUUUGGAAAUUAAAUUUAUAUGAAA